AAAAGACAGAGCUGCGCGAGGUUCAAAACACUCUUCCACGCGCUCCUGACAGUGGCGCGCGCUUGCACAGGGCUCUCUUUGGUCCAUGUCGCUUUCCCGGCUGACAAUCUUUGAGAAAACUGUCACUCCAGCAGCGAGAAAAUGUUCAUGGAGGAGGUCAGUGUUUCGGCUGCUGCUUAUAAAAAGUGCAGGAGAAUAAUGCAGCACUGAGUCACCGAGAAAUGUGAGUAGAAAGCUUCAUUUUGUAACUCUAUAUAGCCGACAAGACGAUGAAGGUUAGGACGACUGACGUUAAUGUGAAUUACAAAACACCAGGUAGCCUAUUAAAGUGUCUUUUUUUCACCGAGGUGAGGUUUGGAUUAAUUAAUUUACAUUUGUUUAAAGUAAAUGGUGUAAUUCAGCUGUUGUUUGGCUGACUUAGCCUAUUUCUUGGCAUUGGAGUUAAGCAGGUUUUCAUGGAGGUCAAGGUAUGCCAACUAUUCAGCUUUAUUUACGUAUUUUUGACCCUGCUACCUACUACUGUAUAUUAAACUGUGUGUGCAGUUGUAUCUAUUUUAGUGAAAAUAGCUUCUUGUACUCUUAAAUAAGUAUGUCUUGUUGUUUUAUUCUUUUAAUUUGAUAUUGUGAAGCACCUGUUCUCUAAAGGUACUACAUAAAUCAAGUCUAUUAUUCAUAUUAUAAUAAGUGCACUAUAUAUCAAAUUUGGUGAUUUGUGACAAGACAAAGCAAGGGUUUAAAGGAUAAAGAAGGGAUGGCAGUUUAGUGAACAUAGUGCAAACAACCUCAAAACAAUGAUUUGGCUUUUCCUCAUAAAUUCCCAUUUUAGCCUCUCCCUGUCACUACUGUGUAGCAGCUCUCUAUACCCCAUUGUAAGGAUGGGAGGAAGAGGAAGACGCCACUGUAAAUCAGAAAACUCCUGCUCAUAACUUCAUGCUCUAGCCUUCCUGUUAUUCAAACUUAAAAUGGGCGCACUACUUCUUCUUUGCAUUUUCCUGUCUGGUGACGCCUUCAAGCCUUACUAGUUGUUCCCCGCUGACUUCCUACAAGUGAGUUAUUUGUUUUGUAUUUAUUCUGCGAUUUUACUCUGUCUUGGAAGAGGUCAGGGGUCGAGGAGGAGGACGGUCAUGCGGUGUAGAAGAAGACAGAGGCACAGACAUCGGAAUGCCACAGGCUGUCUCACUGCUGCCCUUCCUUCUGGUGCUCAUGGGAUAUGGUGAGUCUUAGCAAACUUUCUCGACAACAAAACUACUUUUCCGAAACACCACUCAUGCAGACACGUUUCACAAUAAAUCUUUAAUUCACUUCAGUGUUUGCCUUAAUUUAAAUAGGACAUUUAUGUUAAGCUACAGAGAGGCAGAGCAGAGAAGGAGAGUCAGCCUCUUCCUCUCAACAUACUCUCUUUGUUUUGUGAGGAUGUGAGGUCCUCAGAACAGGAUUUACACACUACACAACACAAUAGACUUUAAAAGCAACUGUUCUGAAAUAGCUUUGUGAGUAACCUUCAUACAUUAAGGUGUAUACAUUGACUUUAAACUUAAUUUUGCCUUGACAUAAAUGACAUUAUAGAGCAUUUCAUGACUACAGACACGCCUCAACCCCAAUUGAUUUGUAUAAAUUGUGAGUAUGCUGAAUAGAAAUGAAAUUUCUCAUUGCCCUCUGCUUCUCCAUUGUAAUUAAACAGCCUUAUCAUAUCGAUAUACACCUAAUUAUGAAUAAAUCAUGAAGGACAGCAUGUUCUUUAAACAUGGCAGUGUAUUUAACAUGACACUUAAUAUCAGCCACAACAACACUGUAAGACUGUACGAUCUCUAAUAUUUGUGCAUGGUACAUAAACAAACGCUGAAAUGUCUUUCUCUUUGCCCUCUCUCACUCCUGCGCAUCCUUUUCCCUAGCUUUUGCAGGGCUCAAUGUAUGGCCUUCCUUCCACGUUGCCCUUAGCAACGCCAGCGUUUUUGUGGACUUCAGCACAAAAUCCAACACCAGCACCAUCCGCAGCUCUAGCCUCUCUCUGGUCAACACAGAAACCAACACCACCCUCCUGACCAGGACUCUUCCCAGCAACCAAUCAUCCGGUAGGGUGGAGUUCAACUGCUCCUGCUUCCUGUACGCAGGAACUUUCCGCUUCCUGCUGAGACAGACCAGCAUCUCUGCUGUAUCUCAUGAUAAUGGGACUGACGGCAGCAGCAGCACAGAGAGCACUACCUGGUGGUGGAGUUCAGAACUGCAGGUGCAGUGGCCCACUUUUCACAUUGCUGUGGAGAGGGCCGGAAACCACUCAGGAUCGUUCAAGGCAAGACAAACUAAAACUUGGAUUAUUGUGGUGCAGAAUAAUGGACUCAGGCUUUCAAAUGGUUCAACUGGAUCAGAAGAAUUCAGGUUUCAAAGUCCUGAUUUUUACUGUUUAGGAUUAGUGUAUCUGUUUUAUUCUUAAAAGAAAGAUGUCAAACUUUACUUCCCUUGCCUGUUUUUUAGAGCAACACUGUAUAGAUCAUCUUGACCCAGAAACAUACUUUUCAAGAUCACCUCAGUUUAAUGACUCGAGUCCAAAAUUCAUUGCUAUGUUGGCGAUUUUGACAAAGUAGAAAAACUCCUACAGUUACCUCUGGCAGCUGAUAACUUUAUUCUAAAAGAUAGAUCAAGUAACAGCACAUAAAACAAGGUAAAUAUAUAUAUAAAUAUAUUUAUUUUGAUUCUAAGCUAUGUCUAACUACUAAUCCGCAUUUGAUCUAUGACAAAUAAAGUGCGAUAAACAGACUAAAUCCAAAUUUAGAUUACGAUGAAAGACAUAUAUGUGUCGCAGGUCCCAGCAUCCUUGCUGGCCUUGAAAAACUUCUUUAAUACACAAAAGAUUGUACUUAAAAAUGUUGACCAAAAAAAUUAAAAGACAGUAAUUUAAAAAAGUUUAUAUAUUUUUAGAUUGACAGAUAAUUUAUGGCAUUAAAAUCUUUUUUUAUUCAGUGCAAAAUAUACAUAAAUGUUAUAGAGAACAUACAAAUAUUCUAGGAUGAGAUUUUGGAGGGCUUUUAGUAUGUUUGGAUUAAAUCAAUUUCGUAGUCAUGUGAUCAUAAAAAAUAUUAUGAUUUUAUGAGUAACAUACAAGGCUGUGAGAAAUGCUCUGGAUAAAGGACAAAGAAGAAGCAAAUGGUUGUUGCACUCAUGGGAAUUUGUACUGAUAGAUGUUUUUGAUAGUUUAUCUUCACAAAUGGAGGGUCUUACUUAUCAUGCAGCAAAGUAGCGUCUUGUCAUUGAAGGCCCACAUGUGCAGGGGAACAUUUUAAGCAGAGUCUGACUAUUAGUAGUUAUUACUAAAUAUUGCAAUUUCUACACAUUGUACCUUUAAUAUACUUGACUCCUAAAACUCUCCUCUAUCCAUUUUCAUCUUUUUUUCCAUGCAGGAUUUUUUCCUUUAGCUUUAUUUUUUUUAAACCAAAGGUAUCUCAGCUCUUCUUUGAAUAUUUUGAACAAUAUAUACUGGAGGUUUAAAACAAUCAAAUACAAAACUAGAUCAUGUGAUCCAGUUUGAGUAUUCUCCUCUUUUUGUUUUAUUAAAUCUGAAAGCCCAUGUCUGAUCAGAUAACUACUGAACUGCUGGACCCUGAUUGAUUAUUAAACCUCUCUCCUCAUGUCUCUCUCCAGAUUGGGAUAUCUACGAAUGAACACUUUCAGUCCUGCUCCAGUGGCAUUGACUCUGCAGUCUUCCUUGAAGUCAGCUAUAUGGAGUAUAACCAGAUAGGCCGCAACAGCAUCGACAAGGUGCGAGCCCGCACACGACACCCAAUCAAACCCCUCCGCUCUCAGAGUAUUCAGCUGCCCUGCGCCUUCUCCUUCACGGAAAAAGACUUCAUACGAGUGGCUCUUCGUUCUCCUCAUGCAGCACAGGAUGUGAAGAACUCUGGACCUCUGUACCUGUCCCGUAUCUUCUCCUAUAAGCUGCAGGUGGAAAACAGCAAUGCAUUCAGGAGUGGCUGUGAAGGGACUAUGACUGUGAAACUGAUUACCCCUCCUUGUGCUCUCAUCCAUGGGAAAGUGUUAUUGUACAAGGAUGCAGGUAUUAGGAGAGGGUUGUCUGCAUCCUCUGCCUCUGGCGCGGGUGGAACAGCACUGAUGGGGUUCGAGCCUGAGGAUCCCUUGUCUCCUCCAUUGGCCUUCAACUGGCUGACUCCAGGGGAGAAUGAGACUGAGUUUAACUGCUCUGUGUUUGACCCAGGAAGGAACAAAUACUGCUUCCGCUUUGUUUUUAACUUCAGUCGCUCUCCUAGUCCUGCACAGACCUGUUUGGUGGUUCACAAGAGUGCUGGUGAGCUUCAAUAGAUUGACACAUAAACAUUUAGCUACUAAAGGAAUACAUUUCUACUCUAUUUCUGCUUGUUAUUAAGGAGAGACAUAUGAGCAUGGGCGCAGUCAAGCCCUAAUGGAGCUGGGAAGGGGUUACUUAAUCUUUUCUGCUACAUGAUGACAUUUUAAUUGUUGUAAGAGGAAAAGAAAAUGUUAGAAUCUUAAUGAUAUUCAUGCCACAGCUUUAGUUUCAGGGUCUGGGCACAUCUGUGUGCUUUUCCUGCUUCUUUGGGACAAAAAGACCAAAGUUCUAGAGUGAGAUCCAACAUCAGAUGAAUAUCACUUUUGUAACAAUCGUCAAAUUAUUUUUUCUAACUUUUAAAUGACAAAAAAUAUGAAGAAAUCUGUGGUUCAGAGGUUUACUAGGACACAAGGUUCAAGAAUAAACAUUUUUAUAGUAUGGAGGAUUAUAGUUACCAGUUACAUUACAAGAAAAACACAAGUGAAACUGACAAUAGAUCUCGAACACUGAGAUGAUCAGUGUUUAAAAUUCAGUGUCCAUUCCUGUGUAGCAAGUGUAAAUACAGAAAAGCUGCUUGCAGCUUUGCCCUGACUUUUCUAUUUUGAGAAGAAAACAUUAACUCGCUGACGUCAUUUGCUAUGAUGGAUGCUUUUUUCAUUCCUAUGAGGAAGGGCUUAAUUUGUGCAAGCUUUUUGAUCAGUCAUCCCAGCAUUAUAGUGAAGUGAAAACAUCAGUCCUUCAUAGAGACAGCGAUAGCAUCAUGGGCAUUUUGGCAUGAAUCCGCAAGGUAGUUCACGUAAGCAGAAUUAAGGCUGCUAAAUUUACUGAUUUGUCUGUAAUUAAAUCAAUUGAUUUGCUUAUUUUUUCCUUUCAGAGUCAUGGGGUCCAUGGCAGCCGUGGAGUUUGUGCAGUGUGAGCUGUGGAGAGGGUGUGAGAGAGCGAGUGCGUGAGUGUUUGCUGCCCUCAGGUGUUGGGGGGAUGCAGUGCACCGGCAUGGUGAAAGAGCAGUCCCUCUGCUCACUGGAGGCCUGUGCAGGUCAGUCUCUUCGUGCUUUAUUAAAGUGUUCAGCUUUUCACCUCUUUUUCUACCUGCAAAUAUAUAUUUUUUAUACAAAAUUCUGACUUGAUAUAAUCACAUAUUUUCUUUCUGUCUUUUCCAGUUUUGCCCAAACCCUCCCCUUCCCCACCGACUGCAUCUGUCGGGAUAACACCCCUGGGUAGUAACAUGGUUGUGGUGGCUGGUAUCUCGCUUUGCCUGGCUGUGAUUAUGGCAACUGUUGUGGUGACAGUGUGGAGAAAAUUUUGCCAGACCCCUCAGUGCAGCUCCGUCCACAGAGGCUCCAUGCACUCCCCUGGAGGACGCAAGCUCUCCGACGAGGCCUCCAUUUGUGGCCACAGCCUCCAGAGACCCAGUGUGUCAGACGGUCAUGGCGGCGUGGGGGUGGUUGAUUCUCAGAAAGACGCUCCUGUCCCGGGUAGUCAGCCUCUCACACAAACCCUGGUGAUUCCGAUCCCACAGGACCCAGAAAGGCUUUCCCCUUCAGGUCAGAAGAUGUUGCCACCAAUAUUUGGGUAAGUUUUGAACAUUUUGAACUCUAAUAAUACAUUUAAAACAUUCCUGUAUGGUUUAUUUUUCAUUCUGCAGCCUCAGAAAUAACAGAGUUGUUUUUAGGUACCGACUGGCUCAGCAGCAGUUAAAAGAAAUGAAGAAGAAGGGAUUAAAGGAGGCCACACAGCUGUAUCAUGUCUCAUCCAGCCCUGUCCAUGAUACCUUGUUAGAAACAUCUGCGUCACCCACUGCUUCCCCCAUUCCUACACCAACAGGAUUUGUUCACUCAGCGCUCCCAUUGGGCCUUCAGGAUGACACCACUCAGAAUAAUUUCCGUAUUGCAUCUCCCUUUUCUGAGCUGCCAUCGCAAAUUUCUAGGGUCACGCCAGACAGGUUAAGUCCCAAAGUGGAGCUGGUCUUAGGAUCCUACGCCUCUGCUAAUAAAAACGGAGGAAGCUCAAGAUGGCGGGAUCGCACUGCAGACUGGGUGGAGAUGGUGGAGAGAAGCGGGUUAGCAGGAUUCAGAGGAAGUGGAGAUGCAGGGGUGGGGAACCACAAGAACCCGAAUUUCCGUCGCACCUCCAGUUUUAAUGAUAUGAAACCCCAGCUUCCAUCGUCUGCACAAUCCAGACAGUUCAGAGAAAGGAGCAUGACCCAGGUCACAUAUCUAAUUUUGUUCAUCUUUUAAUAAAAACGAUGUUGCUGAUAUCAUUUACUGAGAAUAAUCAUACAUGUUGUUUUCAGGUGGGAUCUCGUACUCUUCCUGAGGGGAGUUGUUGGACCAGAGGAGGAAGAGAGAGGCAGCCAUACUGUUCGUACCCCAUUCCAGAGCAUGAGGCCUCAGACUGCUCCCAGUCUAGACCCCAGAGAGACGACAAGAGGAAGCCCUGGAUAGAGACAACUGUUCCUUCUGUCAGUAAUGAACUCAGGCAUGCUGGAACCAACACAAACAGCAUUUCAGCCUAUGCAAAACAUGCUAAAUCAGACCAUAGUGGCACUGCAGAGAGGCAGAGGAGUGGUGGGACAGGUGGGGAGGGAAUCUCAGGGAUUGGGGGUCCACUGAGCUUGGAUCGCGCAGAGCGGGCUGAGCAGAACUGGAACCGCCGGGGACCAUCACCCAUCCAGAGGAAUAUCCUGGCACGCAAAUUAAAGGAGGCUCAGUCCAGCUCUGGAGGGAGGGGACGGCAGCGCAGCUCUACUUUUAGUGUGUCAACCCCAGAGCAGAGGACAGGUCGCUGUCGCUCUUUGCCGAUGUCUGGAGAUUACAGCAGCAGCUGUGGCUCCCCCUACAGGCUGAGUGAGGCAGAGCAGAGGAUGUUGGACUUAGAUCUGUCCUCAACAUAUGUCAGGGAGGAAGAGUAGACCAUAAAUACUUUGUAGAAUUACACCAGGAAGAAAAUGCACUUGCAAGACAUGCCUUAAAUCUUCUCUGCUACAUCUGUGACUGUAAUCUUAUCCAGACACUCGCACAUCUGCUAAGACUGUUCUUCUUGUUAGAAAUGAAGGAAGUAUGCAUAUUUUGAUAGCGUUUAUCUUAUUGUUGUAAGAUGUUUAAAUUCAGGAACUUUUUUGUAUUAUUUUUUAAUUUUUGUUAUUUAAAAUUAGGCAUUAUAAGUGACCAUAUUUUGUCUGUUUUUUCUUGAUGUUCAUUUUGGGUUUGCAUUCCAACUACUUGCACAGUAUUCAUCAUGAUAACUUGGUCAUCUAAUGAGGUGUUGUUCUUCAAUAAUUAUGCACUGUCAAAAACAAGCUCUGUUAGUUAUAAAAUGUAACACACCACAGAAAAUAUUUAAAAUGUGCUGUUUCUAUUACGCUGCAAAGUCCCCCUCUGUUACACCGUGCUGAAACAAGACUGACCCUUACUGUUUGAUGCAGUUUGUUUAUUCAUUUGAUUAAUGCCAUAAACAUAAGAGAAUGAAAGAGAACAGUACUAUCUAUAUGUUGUGAUUAAAAUCAUGAAGUAAAAAAGAGACAAAGAAUAUAACGUGGCAUUUAUCGGCUGCUUCCACAAGGCAGCUGAACGCCAUUGUUUUUAGAUGUCUGCUCCGUCUCCACUGCCUGCAGCAUCCAAGAAAACCAGGGGCCGCACCUUCAUAGUGGUAUGUCUAAGUGAAUACCAGAGGCCUCUCCAUGUCCCCCACACAACACCGUUGUCAUUCCGGCCCUUGUACUUUCCACUGCGGUAGAACUUUCCGUUAAGGUUGGCUGCAUGACACCUGUAGUUGUAGGGCAAGUUUUGAAGUUUUAAAAUAAGUGAUGAUUUUUUGCAAUAAAUGAACAGAAGGGGGAUUAAAUUAAGAGCAUUGCAUUAGCUAUACUCAUGUAUACUUAAGUUGAAAGGCUCACCUGUUGAACCACCAUCCUGCGUUGUUUUCCUGAGCACAGCUGCCCUGGAGGUAGCGGUCAUUGUCCUGCCAAUCAACAUCAACAUCAUCAUCAUCAGCCGUGUUGCUACAUGUAAAUACCCUUAAAACUAUGACUCAUUAAAAAUCCCUCAUCAGACUUAUAGAGGUGAACUCAUGACUUACCUGAUCUCUGGUGCUGAACUGCAUACCACUGAGACAGGUGGACCAGUGCUCCACCAUCCCCCCACUACCAGUCAGGGCAUCUCCAGCUUGCCCACUAUAUAUCUCAUACUGGAGACGAUACUUAUCCUAGAUAGAUAGGAUAGACAUUAGAAAAGAUUACUUUUGGAGGAUAACAGUUUCAGACGAAGAAGUGGAACUGUGAAAUUACUGAUCUUACGGCCUCAUCGGCGAUCCUGAAAUUCUCAUAAAAUGCAUGAUUUCUUUUUCCUUCCCAGUCCAUUAGCUCUAUCUUCACCAGGUUAUUACCUUCAAAGCAAAGACGUAUCAGAAAAUAUCAUUUUGAAAAGCAGGCAACCAGACCAAUCAUUAAGAAACUAUAAGAAACGGAAUCGUAAUAGAAACAUGAAACAUGAAGUUUUGUUUUUUCAUCAUUUCUGACCUUCUGAGAGUAGAGCGUGAAUGUUCUCAUUCCCCAACCAAAACUCAUCAUUCCACAAUUUAAAGUCCCCAAAGCCAUCCCUGUAGUCCACCCAGUCUCUGAAAGAGAAUUAGCCAGAUAUAUUUUGACCCACAUGAGUUGACAGCUUUUUCCAGUCAACACCUAUAUCAUAAUCUGUCACUGGGAUCAUUUUAUAAUCAUGGGCUCUAACUACCUGUCAAAAUCAACUUUCCCAUGCCGCCGUUUCUGGAACACUGUCCACCCUCCUCCAUCGUCCAUGUCACAGUAAACCAAAAAAGGCUCCUGGUGUUUCUUGGGUCUGAUACGGUAGAAACCGCUGGGUAGUUUCAGCCUGUCAAACAGCUCAGAACAGUCUUGGAAGAUGGAAAUGAAACAGUCUUUAGAAGUAGUGCUGUGAAUUAUUACUACCCUUAUUUGAAAUGAUAAUGGUCUCAAAAAAAGGAAUAAUAAAAGACAUUGAGUAUUUUCUCAUGCUCGUAUGUUAUUAAAUCUAACUUGCACUGAUACGUCUAUAAAUAUUAGCAUUUCCUACCUUUGUCAUGCACAAUUAAGUUGCCUGCUGAUGGAAGUAGUUGGAUGAGUGUCAUAUCAGAGCUGUCCAGUGUCCCACUACUGCUGUGGUUUCCACCAUGGUCAGUGUCUGGUUUAGUAUCAGGCAGAGCAGGUUGCAGCGGGCGGAAGUAUUUGUGUCUCUGCAAGUGCUCAACCUGCCAAGUCCCCAGCAAGAGUUUGUUCUCCAGUUGUCUUAUGCUGCGUUUGAGAGCAGAAAUCCCUGGUCCACAUGAGUCUAGUGCCUAAAACAAAGAAGAGAUUUGUAGGUUAAACAAGUCAUUUGGAUCUUUUUAAGAUAGCAGUGUAAUAUCACACAGAAAAAAGACCAGUAAACCAGCACAUGAAGCAGAUUUGUGUAUCAUUUCAGCUAAACGUGUUCAGCUUUCCAGUUGAAUCAAUACACAUCCUGAACCUCUAAAUAGUACGAGCUACAUACUGACUGCUGCGCAGAGGAAGUCAUAGGUGAGCACACGAAAACCAGCAACAGCAACAGAGGCAUCUCUUUUAUGGAGAAAUCCUUCAUAACUCCAAAAUCAGCCUGAAAUGAUAAGUGUAAAAUACAUGAAAAUGAACACAAAAAUCAAAUUGUAACUCCUUAAAACUGAAAAUAUCUGUACUGUGAGCCUACCUUUAUUUCCCAAUGCCUCGUCUUGUUUUCUCAGACUUUAGGGUUCUCCUCCUCGCACUCUUAUUUAUGGGCUGGGCUGGUCCUUCAUGGCUCACUUAAGAGGAUCCAGACCGAGCCCACCUUGCCAAACACUGAAUUUGAGCCAGUGUGAAGUUACCUCUUCUAUCAAGCAAUUUAGUAUUAGGAAAGAGUGGCUAUUCCUAGACCUGCACAUGGCUCUGCACACAGUAAUAUUGAGAAGACGCCAUUCCUGAAAUACCCAAACAUCUGUUCUUUUUAUGUCCUGCUAUGGAUGUUUGUAAAUUAAUUUCCAUUUUGACCAGUGCAAUGUGUUUCUCACCUUCAUAUUGAUCACAGUAUUGAGGGUGUUACACAAAAUUACAAAGAUUUGAUGGGUUUGGUAGAUACAUAAGAAAUCUUCAUAUUGAAGGAUUUAAAUAGCCUUAUCAAGGGAGUUAUGCUGCUGUGCCAGUGUCUAACCUGAUUUCGAUUGGCCACUGAUCCUUUUAGCUGUGACGAUGAGUUGUUUCAGUAACUU